AUGAUCAUGACAGACCAGAGUCAUCUCAUCAAAGAUGUUUUUCCAUCUAUUAAACUAGCAUGUAAUGAAGUUGCAUUAAAUCCUUCAAAAAAAUCACUUGAAAAUUUACAUUCUAUUUUAAAAGGCAUCGAUUCAACAAUAGUUAAGGAAUUAGAUUUUUAUAUUUGGUAUCCAAUAUGCGUACACCUUUCGACUAAGAAUAAGGAUGAAACUGCCUGUAUGCUUUUAAGUCAGCUUUUGAAGUUGUUGAAAAUUUUAACUAUAUCUUCCCUUGAUACAUUUCUUAAGUUAUAUUACCUGCUUAUUUCUCAGAUUAAUAACUUGUUUGAAGUACAAACCACUUCAGAAGAAUUGAAACUUUUAGUUUUGCAGUGUUUAACGCUAUUGAUAAGAUCUAGUUCAUAUGAUGUUUUAAAACAAUUUUUUACAAGAAUUUACUAUUCAAAAUUGAGUGCUGGUGUUUUUGUUUGCACAUCAAUAGCAAAAGUUGAAAAAUAUAUAAAUCUUAAAAUCGAGGCUUUGGAAUGUCUUAAGCAUUUGACUCAAAUAAACAGCACUUAUCUAAACAAUGAGAAUUACAAAGCUCAGGUUUCUGAUAUUGUGAUUUUGAUGCUCCCUGGUUUAAUGUCUACUUGCUUAGAAAUAAUCAAUAGUGGAGAAACUCAAAAUCAUAAAGUCAUUGUGCUUGCCUUGCAUUUAUGGAGCCAUGUUUUAACACUUGUUGCUGAAGAAACUCCCAAUGAAGAAUUUGUUCAUUCAAAAAAUAUAAUAAAUAAUGAUGAAAUCAGUUUUAAAAAUAAAGAUUUAAGUGAACGCGAAGAAUUUUUAAAUAGACUUAUGAACACUAAGAGGGAUUCAAAAUGGUUAGAAGAUACUGAUGAACAUUUGAUGGCCAUGACUGAAUCAGUUGUCAAAAUUCACAGUCAUCAACAUUGGAAAGUUCGCUACGAACUUGCUUCAAGUGCCUAUUUGAUUCUACAGCAUUGUGGAAAAAACUUUCCAAGAUCUGUUGGUCAUUUGGUGGAAGUAUUGGCCAUAUUAUCUCAGGAUGAUGAAUGUUCUGUUGCUGAUCAGAGUAACAAUUACAUAUCACGUUUAUGCCAAAAAUGUGAAGAUUCUAAUGUGAAAUCAUUUGUUGAGAUCGUUGAAGAGAAUUUUUUCUCACUUCUGACUAGGCUUCCACGAAUUUUGCAUGGAAAUGAUGUGACACUUAAGGAAACUAGUUUGAUGCUGUUUUGUGGGUAUUUGGAUGUAUUAGGCCAAAAACAUUUGCCAGCUGUUCUAAGCUCUGUUCAGCAUUAUAACAGAUUCUUACACUGUCUUCUUGUUUGUAACACUCCAGAUUGCAGGAAUGUUACUCUUAUGGAAGAAUUAUCUAUUCGGGACAUAAACAUAUUACCAAUUUCUAAUGAAUGUAAAUGGAGAUGUCUGAGGUAUUGCGAAACUGAUAAGUGCGUUUCUGGUGUUUCGAGGUUGUGUGCCAAAGUCAUUAAAUUAUGUGAUAAAGAAGUAUUAAUUAGCAGUUUAUUGGAUGAAUUUAACUCAAAUAUAGGUCAGAGAAAAGAAAUAACACUGCUGCUUGUGAAUUUGGUCUCUUCAGCGAAUCCUGAUGAUUUUAACCCUUAUUCAACUCUUUUGAGAGACGUAAUUGUUGCCUUGAUGGAGCCUUCUCUAUGGAAUGCCUCUAUUAAUUUCAAUAAUGAUGGAGACACAAAACAAACAAUCCAAGAAAAUAUUGUGCAGAUAUGUUUAUUAGCUGAUGCAGUUGGGUGCCUUGCUGUUGCUGCUGGUCAUGAGAACUUUUUACCUCUUUUAUUCCAAUGUUUUUAUCCAGUUUUAGAAUGUGCUGGUAGCCACAUAAGCAUUAUUGCCUCUGCUGGUCGUUUUGCUGUUCACAAAUUUUCAUCUGUAUAUAAUGAAAGUGUUAGUACGCUUAUCUCCAAAAACGUUGAUUAUCUUUCUCACCACAUCACCCUUAAGCUUAGAUAUGCUUAUCGAAAUCCAAGGGUGCUGUCAGUCCUAUCUGUCAUAAUGGAAUAUACUACGUUGGAUAUGCUAACUUCCCUCCAUGAUAUCAUUAAUGAUGUCUUAGUACAGAGCUGUGAUAGGUUCCAAGACAUCAAUGCAAACGCCUUCUUACAUGUUUUUGAGACGUAUUUAUCUUGUGUACUGAGGUGUGUAGUAGAUUUAAAAACAAAUGAUGAGACAGAAGAGUCAAAAGCACAAAAUGAAACAUCUUGGUUAAAGGAGCUUAUGAAUUAUGAUGAAACUCUUGCUGCUGCAAAUGUUUCAAAUGAAGAGGUCUCUGAACCAGAUAAUGUUGGGCAAUUGAUGCAAGAAGAAGAAGAAUAUGAAAAAGAGCCAGAAAAACCUCCUCUUCCUGAUCAUAUUAAAAUGACAGUGGAUGUUUUAAACAGGAGUCUUCAUUUUCUUCCCGGAAACGAUUUAUCACGACAAAUUUUGUGUUUGCAGAUACUGAAUAAAGGAGUUUAUAUAUUAUCAAGUUGGAAGGACGAACUUCUGCCUGUUGUUCAUAAGAUUUGGUCACCGUUAGUUGAAAGGUUCAAAUCCUCAAAUCAUCCACUUCUUCUCCAGAGAGCUUUUUCUCUUUUGAUAUCUCUUGCUAAGUACUCAAAAGACUUCAUUAGAGCUCGAACAUUGAAGGAUGUUCUGCCUUCUUUGAAUCAUGUUCUUAAAGAUAGUAGUAAGGAAAGCAAAAAUAAAAGCCCAGCUGGAGCCUAUACUUUAACGCAAACUUAUAAGCUACAGCUGUUGCUUCUGUCCAACCUAGGUCAAGUUUCCUUGAACUUGGAAUUAGCCCCAAAGGAUGUCCAUAGUUUACUGUUGUCGACAACGCCAUAUUUGAGUAUAAAACAGCCAUUACCUCUUCAGGAGGCUUGUGUAAAUAUGUACAAAGUGCUGAGCAAAGUUUAUUCUGAUAUAAUAUGGGUUCAUCUUAUGACAAUUUGCCCCAACCAGCUAGAGAUAAAAUCAAAUAUUGAAGGUUUUCCAAUUUAUAAGUUGGAUUCUAGUAUCAACGAUAAGAAGGAGUAUAUACAUACAGUACAACAAUUGUUAAAUUAUUUGUAA